GGGAACAUAACAGAUGUAGAUGAUGCUCUCCCCACAGGCUUUCUCUUCUCCAGUGCUUCUUAGGUACCUGGUAACCAUAAAAAUACCCUCUCUCUCCCCUGGGAACCCUUGGGUUGCACUUGUGUUACCCAGAUGUGUAGAUUAAGGCCCCUCUGAAUGAGAACAUUCAGGAGCACCACUGAGCUACCAAGGUUUUCAGGAGACCAUCAAUCAGACUAAAUCAAACAUGGGAGAACCAUGACUUUGGUUUGGAAUCUGUCAAGGAAACUCAUGCAAUCGAUCGUGGCAGAGAGGUGGGAGGAGGUACUGGUCCUUAUGGGCCCAUCUUUCCUCCUUGCCUUGCAGAUCAACACAGAAACGGAAGAAAGGUUUGAUGACAGCAGGCUUUAUUCUGAGAAGGAGGAGAAUGUGAAUUAUUCAGCCAUCUCCACAGGAUAUUUUCCAUAUUACAGAUCAAAUGAGGAGCAGUUUCUCCAGCCUCUCUUAUAUGGCUUAAAUGCAGAGGGAGAGAAGCCUGAAAGCAACUGCAAAGAUGAAGGAGAAGGUGGAUGUGUGAAGCUUGGUGGAGAUGCUGAGAAGACCACCCACCCAGCUCUGGGGACAGAGAGGAAGCCGUGUUCUUCCAUGGCCAAUGUAGAGCCAACAUCCCAGCAGCUCCUAGGAGGCAGCACCUUGGGAAGCUGCCUUCCAGCCUUCCCCCAUCCCACCACACCACCAGGCCUGGACCAGCCCUUUUCUUCCAGUGGAUACGUCCCUUACUACAGAACAGAAGCAGAGCUCUGCGUCGGCCCAGCAGUGUGUGAUAGGUUUCUCACCAGGACAGAAGUUUUGGAGAAUGAAGAGGGAAGAUGGGUAGAAGAAAAAAAUGCUUGGAAUUUUGGUGCCAGCUGCUUGGUGUCCUGAGAACAAAGCAGCAAGUUUGUCAGCAAAAGGCAGAGGCUGGUUUAACAUAGACGUGGAUUAGAAGUUCUUGAAAGCUAUAGCCACAUGCACAUCUGUAUGAAUAUGGAAUAAAUAUACUUCCCUCUUUGAAUAAAACAGUAAGUGAGAAGCUGGACUCUGUAAUGACAGCAGAAAGCAGCAGGGAAAUGUCUGACUUGGGGAAAACUUGCUCUAGAAAACAUGAUGAAGGAGGAGGGUGAAGAUCAGUACUGUGUUUUUCUGUGGCUAACCCUGAAGGAUGGAGUCUUGCUUGAGAACUUGCUCCAUCCCAGGCCCAGAGUAGAGGCACUCUUACUACUUCUUGGUCACACUUGUGAACCCUCCUGGUAACAUACAAUUCCUCACGCUGGGCACAGAAUUCCCUGCUUCUCCUGAAGAACCCAUGUCCUGCCAUGCUGGCUGGGAUAUGGAUACAUAUUUUGUGCAGCUGCAUUCAAGACCACGUGAGAGAGGUGACCACGCAGGUAAAGAAGAGCAAAUUCCCAUGUUUAUGAAGAUGAAAGAUAGUAAAUCCACCCACAAAGUCAGCAAAUAAUCUGCAAAUUGAAAAUGUCCUUUUUACCUUUUAUCCAUACCUGCUGCUCCCCCCCCCCAAUAUGGAUUGUACAGGGCCAAUGGUGAUCUGUUGUUCAUGGGAAUGUGUGACAGCUGUGAAACGACAGUGCCAAUGCAGAAGGGAUGUGCAGCCAUGGGAAACGGCCAGCGGGAAGAAAUAAGAAUUAUUUGAAUCUAAGCUGCUUGGAGGAAUUAAGCGGAGACAUAAUUUCCAGUAGGAAUUGGGAAAUAUAUUUCCUCUCCCCUCCACUACAAUCCUUCCAUUGUAUUAAUGGCAUCUGUUAGACAACAGUCAUACACAAGAGAAAAAAAGCAUUUUUAUUUAAGAUCUUUGUCAGUAAAAUUUUUUGAACACA